AUGCCGGCAUUUGUAGAUUGGAACAGCCUGCUAUUCGGGUCGUCUCCAGAGAUUGAACCUCGCCAUCAACAAAAGGGCGCGUCGAAUCCCGGGCGAGACGCGUCACAUUCAGGGCAUCCAGAGUCCAAGAAUGCCUUUCAUGAGAACGAGAUUCCGGAGGAUAUAGUCCCUCAGUUCAUCAAUUCCGAACAUUCAAUCCCUGAGACUGUGGUUCCGGAAACUGUGGGCUCUCAUAUUACCGCGCUUCCAGGUGCUGCCCAUUUGGGCGCAAUUCUCGACAGCGCAAAAAACGACCAGUUCACAAUUGCUGCCAUUGUUUUGGGGUCGCUUUUUCUUUGGCUCUUGUUCGGUCGGAGGAAGAGGGUCCCUGCGCCCACUGCGCCCACUACGCCCACUACUCUCCCGCAACCCUUGGGCGACCAAGAAGAAAUCCUUGAUGCUAUUAAAAAGGACUUUGCGCAGAGGACGGAAGCAUUGGAGAAGCAACAUGACCAGGCUCUAAAGCAGCAACUCACAGCUCUUGAGGAGCGGUUCCAGAAGGUGCUCAGUGAGCAGUCAGAGGCCAUCGAGGAGCAUGUCCGCAAGAUUUUCAACAAGCGCGCCGAGGAGCUUGAAGUUAGGAUAAAGCUGGAUCAGGAGGCCUUGAAUGACGUUCACCGCGCUCUAAGUGAGCGCAUGGAAGCCUUUGAGGGUUUCGUUCAAACUAUCGACGCCAAACAACUCGAUCAAGAAGCGAACAGCAUCGCUCAGCUGACUCUUGGCCAACGUCUUGACACAGUGGAGGAAGGGCUCAAGAACGUCGAUGCCAAAGCUAGGGCUUCCUCACAAAGGAUUGAAGCCAUUGAUGAUAGCGUGCGGGUUAUUGACAGCCGCGCUAAGGCUCUGAGCCAACGACUCGAAGCUGCAGAGGAUAACCUAAACACAGCGGACGGCCAAGUAACCCUGCUGUCGCACGAUGUCAAUCGUGGUAGCUCGGUGAUUGAAAAGCUGCAACGACAAGUGAAGAUGCUACCUGAUUCCGAUAAAUUCAAAGGCUUGUCGCGUACCUGGGAGGCUAAGCUCAAGAAGUUGGAAGCUAAGGUUGAAGAGACUGAGAAGGCUCUUGAAGAGCAUCUUACUGAGCCUCCUUCUAUCUUGACAUGGUCACAGAUCGAGUCUGUAGAGAUUGAACCUUCUGGGCCACUGUAUACUAGACCGUAUUCACAAUCCUUCGACGGAUCAGUUGUCUCACCAUCGUCGUCUAGCGUGCGCUCCGCCUCUACCAGUGACAGCCACACUCGGACCUAUUCGACUGUCAGCUCAUCUCCAGCUCCAGUCCCUCUAACCCCGAUGUCCCCGAUGACGCCAGAGCGUAAGCGUAUUGAUUCGGUAGGAUUUCGCGAUACAACAUUCUCAUCUAGGCAAAAGUUCCUUGCCUCCAGGACAGAAAGCUGGUCGGGAUAA